AUGUCGUCCACCCUGCGGUGUUUUGGGGUUGGUGUGGUCUUGUUCUCACUGGCUUCGUCCACAUCGCAGUUCUCCCAUGGAGCUAGCCCCGCCUCCUGUCAGGGAAUGACUCCUGUCCACAUCCGGGCUCAUCCUCAGGACCCCCAGAACAGCUACGUAUCCAUCCGCACAUCUGCCUCCACCUACCUACCAGGGCAGUUAGUCACAGUGACGGUUCGUAGCUCUCGGGACUUCAUGGGUUUCCUGCUCCAGGCCCGCAGCAUGGAGGGAACCAGGCGUCGGGCUGAUGGAGGUUCUGGGGUCCGGGUUGGGUCCCCGGUGCUGGUGGGCAGCUCCUGGACUCUGACUCCGCCUGGUACCCACAAACUGAACUGUCUGUCGGAGGGCGACGCCAUCACUCACUCUGACAAACAGCUGAAGAGGAACCUGUCGUUUGUGUGGAGAGCUCCAGAUGUACCGACGGGAGAUAUCCGGUUCUACUACAUUAACCUGUGUCCUGUGUUUUGCAGCAUCACUGUGGUCCAGUCCUACUUUGUGUACUGGGCAGGUAUUGAGUCUGCAUUGGUGUAUGAUGGGAGUGGUCGUUGGCGUGGGAUCAACCCUACAUUUAGAGGUGUAGCGAGUACAGUUUUUACAAUGCAGGGGGAUGAAGUCACCGUCCUGCCAGGAACAAUCGGAGGAACUCAGGUCUACAAAUCUCUUAAAACACUAACAGAAGUCACUCGUCCAGCCAUGGAGAUGAGCAGCUCUGUAACUUCAGCGUCCCUCAGAGUUGACUCUCCGAUAAAUCAAGUGCUUGGUGGAAGGAACACCUCUACAGCUUUAGGAUCUCUUCAAAGUGCUCCUUCAGAAUCUCUUCCAGGUGUAACUGAAGGGUUUGACCCCGAUACUCAACCUGAGAAGUCCAGGAACUUUGGAGGUUUGGAUGCUGCCGCCACAGUUCCAACAAACACCACAUUUCAAUCCUCAACCAGCCCUGUUUCCUUCAUGGACUACCUUGCUACCACCAUUCCUCUGAAGGAUGUAGAGACAGAGAGUAAAGAUCCGAAUCUACCCACCGAAACCACCACCUCAGCUGUACCUUCAACCAAUGCAAACACCCAAAGAUCCUCAUCUGAGAAUCCAAGAAGACCAACCCAGAAACAACAAAGUUCUACACAGACUCACUCAGGUCCAACUGAGCCCCAAAGAAAUCCAAUCAAAGCACAAACAGAUAGUUGGUCUCAAAAUCCUCACCCCCAAAGUUCUUCUCCGAAACCCCUUUGGUUUCAAACUUCUACAUCCAGACCUGUUCUUCAGCACCAAACCGUUACAAGUCCGACCCCUUUAUUCCCCCAAACAUCAUCAUCUAAGCUCCAUUCGCAGUCAGAAACCAGUUCAAUCCCGGUUCUGUCAUCUGAAUCGCCCACCCUUCAGUCUUUUCUCCAGUCCAACAAAACUUCAUCCCUUCCUCAGGCCAAACUUGUGUACCUCCAGUCUGUACAUCAGCAUCACAAUACUCCAUCUGGAUCCACACGUCAACCUCAGUCUACCAGCAGCUUUCACCAAGAAAUUACAACUCAAACCCAGGUUAGUUUUAUUCAGACAGACCAGCCUCAGUCUGAGAUACCACCUGAGGCUUCCAGUAUUUCUCCCCAAACAUGGUCUCUAACUGGACAGAAGCUAACUCCAUCCUCAGAAACUUCUCAGCCUCUCAACACUCGAGUCUUCAACCUGGAAGAUCUGAAGUCUAGACCAGAAAUCACAACCAUGAGACCAGUUUUUGCUUCUGUUCCUUCCGCCAUUCCUUCGUUUCUUUCAGAAUCUUCCAGCCUUAACUCUUCAUCCUCCACUUCGUUCAGCUCUUCUGUAGUUCAUCUGAGCUCCACCUCUCCUCCUCAUCCCUCUGGAUCAGUGGUAUCGAUGCCUCCAUCCAUCAAGUCGACACUGUCCAUCCAUUCUUCUUCCUCCUUCAUGAAGAAUCAACCCAAAACAGCUCCAGCUCUUUCUACCCUUCCUUCUCCUUCCCCAAUAUCCAGUCCUCCUCAUUCACCUUCUGCCCAACCUUCCUCCUCUACUAAACCUUACGUAACUUCCAUCAACUAUUCAUCACCAGUUCCUCUUUCUUCAUCUCCUUCUUUCUCGACUCCUUUACCCUCCUCUGUCACAAAUUCAGCCUUAGCUUCUUCUUCCACCAUCCCAUCAACUCCUUCUCCAUUUAAUUUUACAUCUCCUUCCACAUCACCUCCUUCUUCUACCACAAUAUCUUCCUCCUUUGUACCAUCUUUGUCCUCUUCCAUCUCAUUCGUCACCUCUCCAUCUUCCUCCCAGUCCACCUCCCCUCACCCUGGACCUUCUCCAGCUCCUCGUCGAUCUCUAUACAACCCCUUCACGUCCUCCUUGCCCCCAGUUCCCUCUAAGGAACUCACUGUAGCUCACAGGUUGCUAAUCCAAAACCACAUCGCAUCAUCUGAACCAAAAUCCAGCCUCAACCCUCCGACACCAAGAACAGUUGUUUACCCAAACCCCAAGCCACACCCAAACCUCAAACCAAACCUUCCCAAAGCUGAUAUCAAACCCAAACGUCCCUCCAAUCCAUCCGAACCUCCAGACAAGGAGGGGAAGUAUCCAGACAUCAUACCCAGACACAGCGCCUGGGAGCUGGGCAUGCUGCUGGGCUGCUCGGCCGGGCUGGGCAUGGUUCUGGUGGUGGGGGUCCGGUACGUGUACCGGCAGGCCUGCGGCAAACAGACCGCGGUGACGUUAAACGACAGGGAGAGGGAGUACAGCAGGGGAGAGAGGGGAAUGAUCCAGGUCCAGGAGUGUGGAGAUCUGGUCCGGGUCCGAAAAAUCAGGGAGAACAGCUUCGUACUGCUUACAGAGUACGACAUACUGGCGCCACCUGGAGACUAAAACAAGACUGACAACACAGUCAGACACCAAAACAUCUCUGGAAAGUUUUAGCUUCUUUCAGGCUCUUGAAGUACAUAAGGUGGGUCCAAAAUCACACUUUUUAAAUUACUUUUUCAGUCGUUCUAGCUUCUGGCUGUACAGUAAAGAAGCAACAUUCAUGCUGAACAAAAAACAGAUUUAGUGUUUAGAUUGUGACACCUGGGGUGGAUGUAAAACUGAUUUGGUUGCAGUUUUUUAUCAUAACUGAAAUGUGUUUUUCCUCCUAAAAUGUCAUGUAUCUAUCUGCUGCACUGAUGAAGUUCUGAGGCUUAGAAAUGAUGGAAAAAGUCCAUUAAAAAGUGAUAAAUUUGGACUCAUUUCUAUGUAUUUCAAGGGUCUUUACCUCUGAAAGUAUUCAUAGUAUGAAGGGUAAACUUAUAGCUUGCUAGCCUAGCACAUCUUUCUGGUUAGCGUCUAAGCGAAGCUAUCUGACAGUAUUCGGAAAUCAUAAUGACAGUAAAUGAAUGAAACAAAAGGUUUUUUUUUAACAUAUAUAUUGUAUAUUUUUGUAGCCAACAUGUCUGUUCUGCAGUUCAGACUGAGAUAUCAUCAAAGCUUCAGGACCCACAGACAGACGGACCUAUAAUUUUGUUUAGCAGAUAAAUCUUUGGUAUCUUUAACUGUGAGAUUGUCUGUGGAUAUUCAUGAUCCUCAGAGGAUGAAUCUAUUUGGUGACUAUUUAGGUUAACAUAAACCUGAUAUUUAGAGCACAAUAACGCUGUGGAGGGUGGAUCCUUUAAACUAUGAACUUUAUGGAAGAAUGGAAACUUUGGGCCACAGUUUUAGGUCUUUAUCAAACUGUUUGCAGCUUCUACAGUGAGAAAAAUCUUUUCCAGAUUGUCAACAUGUGGUCAAGAAAAGUUCCUGGCCAAAUAUUUCAGACUCUGAGGAUGUUUUGCUCCCAAUAUAAUCAGUUUACUAAAACUACAAUCUGCCUUCACAUAUGAAAAAGGUAAUCUACCAAUGAAGAUGCAAUGACGAACACCAUUUCGUGGAUAUUGUGUUUUAUGUUUACGAAAAGUCCAUAUUUGACGAAAGUCCAUUUCUGUGACUGAAUAUUUAGAUUUAUAUAAAUGAAGAACAUGCACUGAUUUGUUUUACUGAUAUUUAGACUCUAAAUUUAGACUUUUUUUAACAAAGAGGUCAAACUGCUAAUCACUAACUUUGCUUUGUCAUACUAGGUCAUGUGAAUGCUUUGAUAAUAAAGUAUAUUUUCAGUAUUA